AUGAAACAUAUAUUAGGUUUAUUUUAUUGUGUAUUAUAUGGUGGAUGCUCGUUUUGUUUUUCUCUAAGUGUGAAAUACUUAUGGAUUAAGUUUCAAUUCAGGAUGACAUUCAUGUUAUUGUUGUACGAGAAUAUUCUUACAGCUUUAAUUUGUCUGUUUAUGGGAAAGAGGAAUCACUCAUCGAAAGAUACUCUAUUGUAUUCGUUCAUUUAUUCCUUGCAAACAUUCUCAGGGAUGAAGGGAUUGCAAAUAAUGAAUAUCUCAAUGUACAUGACUUUGCGAAGGACGCUGAUUUUAUUUGUGUUCAUGAUGCAGAAGACGUGGAAGAUUUCCAAUUUUAUGUCUGUGAUCUUCAUUACUCUGGGAGCCAUCAUUGCUGGCUAGGAGCAUUUGGAUGAGAACUAUUUUGGUUACGGACUCAUUCUCAUGAAUAAUCUAUUCAAUGCUCUUGCAUUACACAAAUCGAAACAACUGAAUUAUGAAAAAUAAAUAGAUCCUCUGGAAUUGCUCUUCUAGAAUUCUUGUAAUCAAAUUCCCUUUCUAUUUAUCGGCGCUUAUGCAAGUUAGGAAUUACAUGACUUCAUGACUACAACCUACAUGAGUGAGCAAUUCCUCAUAGCCUUCACUUUGGUUGCAUUGAUGGGGUUCAUGUUGUGCUAUUCCACCAACUUGUGCAAUAUGUACAACUCCCCAAUUGCCAUUGCGAUCACUCACAACAUCAAGGACAUUUUGAUCACUUCCUACUCCUUCUUCUUCUUGAAGGAAGAGUACGACUUUUAAAUUCUUGCAGGCAUUAUCAUUAGUUAUCUGGGAUCAAUUUUGUAUUCUAUUUAAAAAGUAAAAGAAAUAAAAUCAUUAUAUUUACCACUCUCUUCAAACGAUAAAGACCAAAAACAAGAUUGAUUGGGCUCCAAAAGCCUAUUUUGUUUUUCAAAUAUAAAAUCAA